CCCCUCCCACUACCGCAGCGCGAUUCCCCAGCGACAGCGAGUGCGAAUCCACGGGGAGUCGAGCCAGGGCCGACCCACCCACCCCAGCGAUGCCUCCCAAGCGCAAGUCCCCGGCGGUGGGUUCCCCGCGGAAGACGCGGAGCAUGGCGGCCGCAGGGAAGCGGGGCGCGGAGGCUGCUCCGGCGAAGGCGGUGCCGGCCAAGAAGAAGGAAGAGGAGGCGGCGGUUGCCGAGCAGAAGGGGAGGAAGAGGGCCAAGACGGACGAGGCGGUGACGGCGGCCGCCGAGCCGAAGGGGAGGAAGAGGGGCAAGAAGGUGGCAGAGGAGGCGGCGCCGGCGCCGGCGGAGGAGGAUGGAGGCGAUGCGGCGGCGGAAGGGAAGCGCGUCAUCGUCGAGGCCUGCACUCAAUGCAGACAGUUUAAGAUACGAGCUCAGAAGGUGAAGGAGGACCUGGAAAGUUCUGUUCCUGGGAUUUCUGUGAUAAUCAACCCUCAGAAGCCACGGCGCGGUUGCCUCGAGAUACGUGAAGAAGGAGGUGAAGUGUUCAUAUCACUUCGGAACAUGCCACGCCCCUUCACACCAAUGAAGAAACUCGAUAUGGAUGAGGUUAUCAAGGACAUUGCCAAGAAAAUCUCCUAAAUCAAGUUGGCUGUCCAUGGCUCGAUGGCACCAUUUUGUGCUCCAAAGCUUCAAGCUGAGCAAGUAAUCCUCCAAGUGUACGGUGUACCUUCAUGUAGAGUCACCAUUAAUCGCACUUCAUAGUGCAUUGUCCAUGCCACUUCCUGAAUUUGGAUCCAGUGGUCCGUUCUGUGUUGCAGCUAAGACAUGUUGAUUUAGUAGAUGUGGCAAUUGCUAGUGCUUCUACGCUA